ACGUCAACGCUGGCGCGGUCUUGUGUUUCCAAUCUCCCGUGAACAAUUACAUUCGCUACGCGGAUCUUCCUGCCAACCCAGUGAUCGAUGGCAUGGUUUUCAGUUUCAAAACCGAUCAGGCUUCCGCUCUUCUACUCUACGCGCAUGAUCAGUUCUACAAUUUCAUUCAAGUUCAUCUACUGAACGGCAACAAGCUCGUUCUGACGCUUAACAGCGGUACUGACAUAAAACAGUGUACAAUUGUCGGCCGAAGAUCAGGUUUCAACAACAUGCACUGGGUACAGGUACUGAUUGAACAGAACAGUGACAGUACGGUAUUGAAAGCUGAAGACUUGUUGUGUUACAUUGUUGGCGCUCGCACAUUGGUUGCGGACUACGUGAACAUUUUUAACGAUCCAGACAACUUACAAUCCGUCUUUCCACCGCGUCUUCCAGUCAAACCAACUGAUAUUAAAAGCUAUCGAAUACUGUACGUUGGUGGACUUCCCACUGCGAAGACGUCGUCGCAGAAUGUCCGCAAAAAGCGACAGUCGCUGUACAACACGGUUUUACCUGACUUUGCUGGCUGUUUGCGCGGCUUGGCCAUCAAUCAUCGCCGAAUACUUUUAGAAGCAAACGGAGAGCAAAACGGCUACGUCAGUGAAGGAUGCGAUUUUGGCGGUGAAGAACUGAGCUGCCUUAACGGUGGAUACCAGACGGUGAACUGGCAGAGAAAGAUGUUGUUGCAGUGCGAAUGCAAACACACCUCUUUCACGGGUGUAAACUGUUCAGACGGUAAGAUUCCAUCUCAUGGCGAUGAAGUGAUGUACUGUGAUCUGCGUUGUGUAUGUAAGGUUAGUUCUUGAAA